AUGCAGGAGCUUGCCCAAAAUCCUUCCCGAAGCUCCAUUCCAUCUGUCGCCAGCGCGCCCAGCUAUAUAUAUCAUCUGCUCGGCGUCCUCACAGACGCCCUCGUCUCUCCCUCCCCCACCAUGUCCGACGACGGCUCCUCCUCGCAAGCCUCGACCCCCAACGCCGUCAUCCCCGACCCCUUCAACACCAGCCCCGCCUUCGAGUCUCCCGCCUUCGCCCCCGGGUCGGGCGACGAGCACCACCCGCACAUGACCCCCCGCAAGUUCCCCCGCAUCUCCAAGCCCGUCGAGCUCCUGCGCCCCACCUACGAUGUCGUCGUCGUCGGCAGCGGGUACGGCGGCGGUGUCGCUGCCAGCCGUAUGGCCAGGGGCGGCCAGUCCGUGUGCGUGCUCGAGCGGGGAAAAGAGCGAUGGCCCGGGGAGUACCCGAGCACUUUGGCCGAGGCUGCGCCGAACGUCCGUGUGCAGGGCCGCUCUGCCUCUACCAAAGGCGCAUAUGUCGAAGUGGGCGAUCCGAUGGGCCUCUACCAUCUCACCAUCGGCGAGGGACAGAACGUUUUCGUCGGAAACGGCCUCGGAGGAACCAGUCUCUUGAACGCGAACAUCUUCCUGGAGGCCGACAAAGGAUCACUCUCCAAGGAAGAUUGGCCGGAGGACAUCAAGAACGAUCCAACUGUCCUUGACAAAUAUUACGAACGGGCUGCUUCCGUACUCCAGCCCGAAAGCUAUCCCGAGUCGUACCCUCCCCUCGACAAGCUGAAACUCCUCGAGACUCAGGCUGAGAAGCUAGGAUGGCAGAAGAAUUUCUAUCGCCCGCCGCAGACGACACGCUUCGAAGAUGGCCCGAACUCGACUGGGGUGAUGAUGUACGCGAGCACGGGCAGCGGUAUGGACUCGACGGGCGUGAACGACGGGAGCAAGAGCAGCACGCUGGUCAAUUACCUAUCCGAUGCCUGGAACUGGGGCGCAGAGAUCUUUUGUGAAUCGGAGGUGCGGUAUGUCCAGAAGGCGCCGAACGGCGAAGGAUACAUUGUUUUCUUCGCGUGGCAUGGCACCUGCCGAAGCGCGUUCCGAAGUUUAUUCGACAAGGAGCUGAUGUGGGUGCAUGCGAAGAAGUUCGUCUUCCUCGGAGCCGGAACGCUGGGCACGACGGAGAUUUUACUUCGGAGCAAGCAGCUUGGGCUGCCGAUGUCGCGGACCGUGGGCAUGGGGAUGAGCGGGAACGGAGACAUCCUCGCGUUUGGGUACAACACCGACUAUGAGGCGCACGCACUUGGACGCGCAUACGUGGACCCCGCGCGCCCGGUCGGGCCCACGAUCACAGGCGUGAUUGACCGGCGGGCGCAGGCCAAUCCACUCGAUGGAUUCGUCAUCGAGGAGGGCGCCGUCCCCGAGGCGCUCGUUCCGAACCUGCAGUUGAUGCUCAACGUUAUGCCCGGUAAGGUCUUCCCGAAGCCAUGGGGGCCCAUACAGCGCCUUCGCCACUUCGUUUCCCGCCAAGUCAGCCAGGUCCUUGGUCCGUAUACAUCUGGGGGCAGCACGGAGCGCACGCAGGUGUACUUGAUCAUGAGCCAUGACAGCAACCAGGCUACGUUGACGCUGAACGGUGAGGGGAAGCCGCUCGUCAAGUUCCUCGGUGUCGGGCGGAGCGAGCACGUCAAGUAUCUGAACGGCGUCCUGGCGAAGGCGACGAAUGCCGUGGGCGGGACGUUCAUCAACAGCCCGUUCUAUGCGAUGUUCGACGAGCAAGAGAUCACCGUCCACCCCAUUGGAGGGGCGAACUUCAGCUCCGAUGGCACCGCGGACCAGGGUGCGACGACCCAGUAUGGUGAGCUCCUGACAGGAAAUGGUACGGAGCACCACAACGGUCUCGUCUGCGUGGACGGGAGCGUGAUUCCGACUGCGUUGGGAGUGAACCCGUUCGCGACCAUCACAGCGCUGGCGGAGCGGAGCGUCGAGCAUGUCGCCGUGAAGAACGGCGUCAAGAUCGACUACGACACGCCGAACGGGCUCCUCGACCUGACCGGGCCUCCGGCGCGGCGGCUCGACCUGACGCGGGACCUGAAAAAGGCUAUUAAGAUCAUUAACUCUGCGAAGGCUGGUGAUAGCUCUGGCGUCCAGUUCUCCGAGGUGAUGGAGGGCUUCAUGUAUGUGGGCAACGAUAUUGAAGACUUCACCGUCGCGGAGAACGCUGCGCGGGGCGUGUCGAGCUCUGCGCGGUUCUUCCUGAGCGUCCAUGGGUGGGACGUCCGUACCUUGGUGCAUCAGCUUGACCAUCCUGCGAUGCUCACCGGGACGUUCACCUGCGGCGCUCUCAGCAAGCACCCCUUCAUGGUUCUCCGCGGGACGUUCCAGCUCUUCAGCAAUGAUCCUCGGGCGCCCGACACGCAGAACCUCGUGUACAAUUUUGAUAUGCUGAGCGUCGAGGGCGAGGUGCUGCACUUCAACGGGUACAAGGUCGUCAACCCGUCCGUCGCGUUUUCGGUGUGGCGCACCUGGAAGGCGACGUCUACGCUCUACGUCACUAUCACGCGCCCCAGGGACAAGAGCGUGGUUGCCCGCGGGGUGCUGCGCAUCGCGCCCCUCGGCUUUAGCAGUGAGCUCACGACAUUUGCUGCUACGGGCUCCAGCCUGUUUAGUCGUCUCGGGGCCACGGGGCAGUUCUUGACGUACUUCACCAAGCAGACGGCGAACUUCCUCUUUGCGCCUCUGAGCAUGCUCCAGUGGCCCGGCGUGUCGCCCAACGGGUUUAUCCCCAAGACUCCCCCGGCGGAGACUACCCAAGUCACCGCCGCCGACGGUGUUCGCACCACGCUGCACAUGUGGAAGCCUGACGUGAGGCGGGACGCGAGCACGGUGCAGAUCCGGAACGAUGUGCCGAUUUUGUUCGUCCCCGGCGCUGCAGUCGACCAGCAGAUAUUCGCCAUGCCCACUCUGGAAGUCAACGCGAUUGAGUUCUUCACGCGCUCCGGCGCGACGUGCUUCUGCAUCACGCACCGCGUCGGGCGGACGCCGAUUGCGCAGAAUGGGUGGACGACGUACGACGCGCGGCUCGACGUCGCCGCGGCGUUGGAGUACAUCGUACAACGGUAUCCACAGGUGUACGUCAUCGCGCACUGUGCGGGCUCGAUUGCGUUGUCGAUGGGGCUCCUGGACGGGACGAUCCCCGCUGCGCGCAUCAAGGGCGUCACGGCGUCGAACGUGUUUAUGAACCCGAACUUUGCGCGGGUGAAUAUGGUCAAGGCCAGCCUUCCUGUCCCGCUCACCGCGAUCUACGGCAAGGUCGCCGGGGGCUGGUUCUCGUGCACGAGCAGCCCCGAGGACUCGCUCGUGCAGCAGGCGAUGAACCAGGCGCUGCGAUUUUACCCCGUGGGCCCGCGCAAGGAGAUAUGCAACUCGGUCGUGUGCCAUCGGUCUGAGCUGGUGUUCGGGAGGCUUUGGUCGCAUCAGAACCUGAACUCGCAGACGCAUUCGGUGCUGUCCGACUUCCUCGGCGGGGUGUCGAUGCGCGCGCUCUCGCAUCUGAUGCACAUGGGCACGAGCGGGGUGGUGACGACGUGGCCGGGGCCCCGCGCGCCGGACCAGCACGAGCCCCCGGUGAGCCUGGUGGACAAGGCGAACCUGGCGCGGCUCGAGGGGGUGCCGAUUUUCUUCUUCUCGGGCAGCGAGAACGUGGUGUAUGCGCCGAGCGCGACGGACGUGUCGUAUACGACGCUGCGGAACGCGUUUGUCCGGGGCAGGUAUGAGCGCGACGUGUUUGAUGGGUUUGGGCACCUGGAUUGUUGGAUGGGCGAGCGCGCGGCGGGGGUGGUGUGGCCGAGGGUUAGGCAGCAUAUCGUGAAGGUUUGUGGGAAGUAA